CAGCAAAGUUAUGUCAAAAUUACCUUUCUUGAUACCUCUCUAUGGCUUUUGUACCUUGGCAAGUUGGAGUGGGCAAAAACUCAUGCCCUGGUUACCUCUUUGUAGGAAAUUCCCACAUUAUCUGGUCAUAAUUCUCACUAUGUUGGCUGUUAGGUUUAAUUCUGAACUCAGGAAGCUAUCUUACAUUUUUUACAUUUUCCUUUUUUGUUCUUGUUUUUUAUAUUGUAGGGUGGGAAUUUUGAUUGAAUUGGAAGAAAUAUGGAAGCAACCCAGAUGCCUGAUGAGACCGAAUCCCAUCAAACACCUCAAGAAAAAAAUGUUAGGGAUGGGCAAAUGGAACAGGGGGAUAACAGCCAAGUGCGGGUUUCAGGUUCUAGAUGUACACGUUCUCAGGUAGCUCCUGACUGGACAGUUGAGGACAUGCUCAUUCUUGUGAAUGAGAUUGCUGCUGUUGAAGCCGAUUGUUCAAAUGCGUUGUCUACUUAUCAGAGAUGGAAGAUAAUAUCAGAAAAUUGCACUGCACUGGAUGUUCCUCGGUCUCUAAAUCAAUGUCGGAGGAAGUGGGGCUCCUUGCUUGUUGAGUACAACCAGAUUAAGCAAUGGGAAUCAUUGUCAAGUGGUUCUUAUUGGUCUUUGGGAAUUGGAAGUAGAAAACAAUUUGGACUUCCGGACUAUUUUGAUUAUGAGCUUUUCAAAGCCAUUGACAAUGUUGUGAGGGCACAGGAGGACAAAGCAGACACAGAUCCUGAAAGUGAUCCUGAUGCUGAGACUGACACACUUGAAAUAGUUGCACAACUAGGAUCUAAUGGACCCACGAGACGGUUAAACAUUAUGGAACAGAAGCCUCAUGAGAUUCGCAAAGAAGAUACGAAGCUGAAAUGGUGCACAGAGAAAAGCCAUCCUGGAAGGAAGCCUCAGAAAAGUUCUGCCAAAAAGAAGCUUCUGAAGAAUGAUAUGAAGGGUAAGAGGACAAUCAGCAUUGAAGCAAAGGAACAAACUGUUGCAGCUUUUACUGAAGCAAAGGAACAAAGUCUUGCUGCAAAGCUACAAGAGUCUGCUGAACUGAUCCAUGCCAUAGUUAAGGAAAACCUAUCUGAGAAAGCUAAACGUGUGAAUUCUACUGUGAAGAAUGCUGAGGAGUUUAAAACAGAUGUAAUAAGACGGCAGGGCAAUCGUCUUAUUGCAUGCCUUGGCGUAAUGAUAGAGAGCCUUAACCAAAUUUGUGAUGUUGUCCAGAAUGGGGAGUAACAUACAGUGGAUGACAUUAAUGUAAGUGUUAGUAAAACAUUUGUAGAUGGGUUCGUUCUCAUGCUAAUUUUUGGGUCUUCCUAUCUUAUUCGGUAGGUGUAAAUUCUUCAAUUGGGCAUGGGUGUGCCCCAUGCAAUCUCUGUCUCUCACACUCACAUGCAAGCACACACAAAA